AUGUCCCACGGACCACCUCCACCACCUCCUCCGCCCCAGGGCGCCCCUCAUCCGAACAACUUCAACAAUUUCUACGGUUUCAACCUCGAUAUUGGUUCUCUCCCCGAUAUAACGGGUGGCCAGGUCAAUUACCACUCCCCUCCCCGCGACGCCGACGCCGACGCCGGGGCUGCGACCCUAUCUAUAGCGCCCCCUCAAUCGGCCAAGAUGGGCGCUGAUGGUCAGGACAACGAUCUUAUGGCCAUGCUCGACAAUAGUAUGCUCGGUGGCAUAACAGAUAUUCCAAUGAACCUCGAAUCCGCAGAUGAAUCCAACAUGAGCGGCUCUUUCGGCAAUGGGCAAUCGGCCACAGAAGAGUCUGUCGCGAGAGCUGAAAAUCAAUUCAACACAGCAGCGAACAAUGUUCCUGGCGCAGGGCCCCUCCCCGCUGGCGCCUUUGCUCAGAUGAAUCUCGCUGGCGCCAGCACCCUCACUGAGUUCACCAAGCGAAGAAAUUGGCCCGCCAAGGUUGUGGAAGAGCUCAGGGACUUUUUGCAGAUUCUCGAUGCGAACGGGCGCAUCAAAUACGCAUCGCCUAGUAUUCUCCAGGUCACUGGAUACAGUGUAGAGGAGAUUCAAGAUGUGUUUCUCAAAGACCUGAUCCACCCAGAUGACCAAGGUGUUUUUGUCGCAGAACUCAAUGAAUCCAUCGCGUCAGGCAACCCGCUACGACUUUUUUACCGUUUCAAAAAGAAGGACGCCGAAUAUGCGAUUUUUGAGACUGUCGGCCAUGCUCACAUCGCUGGCGCCAAGUUCGCCCCCAAUCCAAAUAAUCAAUCGCCCUUCUGCCAGGCCGUGUUUAUGAUGGCGCGACCGUAUCCCACCAAAAACGCUGGACUUCUAGACUCUUUCCUUGAGCAUAAGAUCGAAAAUGAAAGGUUAAAGCGCCGUAUCGCCGAGCUCCGUCGUGAAGAGGAGGCCGAAAACGAUGAGGCGCAAAAGCAGUGGCUACAGAGCCAAGAGGGUCGGUCAGACAUGACCCCAUCUGAAGGAACCGGCGUCUCCUCGGGAACCUUUUAUCGCCCGGGUAGCGAAAGAGGAAUGACAGAGGCCGAUCGAGCAGCUCUCAAUAAAGCUCUUACACGUGAAAAUCUCGAAGGCUCAGUCGCAGGUGGUCGGCAGGAUUCGCUGAAGGACAAGAUGGCACGUUACGAAGGAGCAUCGCACACAGACACGAUUGAGAUGUUGACGGGAUUGCGAUAUAUCGAGGGCGAACGAAGCCGGGGAAUUACAACUGGUAAUGCUAGCCCGACCCUGAUCAAGGGUGAUGCAGGAAUUGCAAUUCCGAUGGAGCGAGAUCCUCGAACCGGCGAUAAAAAGAAGAAGCUCAAGACAUCUGAGGAAUAUGUAUGUACGGACUGUGGCACCCUGGACUCGCCGGAAUGGAGAAAGGGACCCCAAGGGCCGAAGACAUUAUGCAACGCCUGCGGUUUACGUUGGGCCAAGAGGGAGAAGAAGAGAACCAGCACCAGCCAUCCUCCUACGGUGGAUCAAUCUGUAUGA